GUUCUGUUCUGUUCUGCUCUGAGAUCGUCCUUAUUCACCAAAGAGAAGAAGACUAACAGGAGCUUCUUUUCGUUUCUCGAUGCCUAAAUCAAGCAGAUGGGUCAAUCAGCGAGCUCCCUCCAAGACUAAAAAGUUAAUUCUCUUCUUGUUUCUAGCCUUCGUCUUCUACCUCUACAGAUACCCUUCUUCUUCAUCCACUGUCGAAAAAUCAUCCAGUUCCAUCUACAACAUUUCCGUCAAGGACAUUGAAGGUAAAGAUGUGAGUUUGAGCCAGUUCACCGGAAAAGUGCUUCUUAUCGUCAAUGUAGCCUCUAAGUGUGGUCUAACACAAGGAAACUACAAAGAGUUGAACAUUUUGUAUGCCAAGUACAAAUCUAAAGGGCUUGAGAUCUUAGCAUUUCCUUGCAACCAAUUUGGCAGCCAAGAGCCAGGAAGCAACAAGGAGAUCAAGGAAACCGUUUGCAAUAUAUUUAAAGCUGAAUUCCCAAUCUUUGACAAGAUUGAAGUCAAUGGGAAGAACACUUCUCCCCUUUACAAUUUCUUAAAAGAACAAAAAGGAGGAUUGUUUGGGGAUUCUAUUAAGUGGAAUUUUGCAAAGUUUCUGGUAGACAAACAAGGAAAUGUAGUGGACCGAUAUGCUCCAACUACACCACCUCUUGAAAUUGAGAAGGACAUAGUGAAGCUAUUGGCAUCUGCUUGAACAUAAAAGUUAAAAGGACAGGAGAGCAAAAGCAUCGGAUCGAACUUGUCUGAAACUGAGAAUGAGAGCCACUUCUGUACUUAUUCGAACCUGUAUGUUUAUCUAAAACCAUUCAUGGAAAAGAAGAUGCUUGUCUGAAUCUGUGAACCACAUGUUCUGUAACAAGUCCCCAAAAUGUUUAUCAAUAAAGAGAACAAAGUUUUAUUCA